GCACUCCCCUUUCAUCUCAAACUUUCACUGUGUUCUUCCACACCAUGGCCACCAAAAUCAACCUUUCUUUACCUAUCUUUCUCUUCUUCCUAUUAGCCUUGUUCUCAACCCUAGCCUGCGCCAAGAAAGAAACCGAGGUAGCAGCAGACCCUGAGCUCAAAACAUGUAAACACCAGUGCCUACAGCAGCUGCAAUACACUAAAGCUGACAAGCAGAUAUGUCUUCAAAGUUGUGACAUGUACCAUGGUCUGAAGCAUGAGCACGAGGAACAAACAGAAGAGAAAAUUCGUAAGAAGAAAAAGCAUGAAGGUACCACUCAAGAGCACGACGAAGAGGAGGAAAGCGGAGAAAAGGAAGAAGAAGGAGAAGCAGAGGAAGGAGGGGAAGAAGAGGAGGAAUAUCCCUACAUUUUUGAAGAAAAUUGUGAUUUUGACACCAAGGUUGAAACAGAAGAUGGCAGAAUUCGAGUUCUGAAGAAGUUCACCGAGAAAUCCAAGCUUCUUAAAGGCAUCGAGAAUAUCCGUUUAGCCAUUCUAGAAGCUAGAGCGCACACGUUCGUGGCUCCACGCCACUUUGAUUCUGAUGUUCUUUUGUUCAACAUAAAGGGGCGAGCCGUACUUGGGUGGGUGAAGGAAAGUGAAACAGAAAAGUUCAUCCUUGAAUCCGGAGACGUGUUAGCGAUACCAGCAGGCACCCAAGUAUACAUCAUUAACAGAGAUGAGAAUGAGAAGCUGUUCCUUGCCAUGCUCCAUAUACCUGUCUCCACUCCUGGAAAAUUUGAGGAAUUUUUCGGGCCUGGAGGACGAGACCCAGAAUCGGUUCUAUCAGCAUUCGGCUGGAAUGUGCUCCAAGCUGCUCUCCAAAGCCCAAAAGGAGAGUUAGAAAAGCUUUUUGAGCAACAGAACGGGGGAAGUAUUUUCCAAAUAAGCAGAGAACAGGUGCAAAAGUUGGCCCCCAAGAAAACCUCGUGGUGGCCCUUUAGUGGCCCCUCCACGGCUGAAUUCAAUCUUUUCACCAUGUCUCCCACUUUCUCCAACAGCCAUGGUACUUUAACCGAAGCUGCUCCUUCUGAUUCCAGGAGUCUCCUUCACAAACACAAUAUCAUGAUUUCCUUUACCAACAUCACCAAGGAAUCAAUGAGUACUAUUCUGUACAACUCACAUGCAACGAAGAUAGCAAUGGUGAUCAGUGGUAAAGGGGGUCUUCAAAUUGCAUGUCCCCACAUCACAUCAAGGUCACAGACAAAGCAUGAAAAGAGUAGCCCCUCAUACCAUAGGAUCAGUGCCGAGUUGAAGCCAGGAAUGCUGUUUGUUGUUCCUCCCGGUCAUCCCUUCGUCACCUUCUCUUCCAGGAAAGAGAAUCUCCAGAUUUUAUGCUUCGAGAUUAAUGCUCGAGACAACAAGAAGUUUACAUUUGCAGGGAAGGACAACAUUGUGAGCUCUAUGGACGAUCCUGCUAAGGAGCUGGGAUUCAACUAUCCUUCGAAAAUUGUGAACAGAAUCUUCGACAGAAAGGAGAGUUUGUUUUUUCCUUUUCAGCUGCCACGCCAGGGCCGUGAUCGUCGUGCUGAUGCAUGAGUUUUUUUUUUGUUUCUUUUGUGGUAGUUGUGUUUUAUGUUGAUAAUGAUGCAAGGUAGGGAGAUGGAGUGUAUGGAAAUGCAGGCCCAUGCAUCCAUGCAUGCAAUGGAAUAAAAUGGCCACUAGUUUCUAUCUUCCUAGAUAGUUUCUAUCUUUCAA